AUGUCAACUUCAAGGGAUUCGCUUACCGAUAUGCUGCCUUCCGAGGACUCGAGUUUUCUCUCCAACUUACCCACUGAAUUGAGAUACCGCAUUGUCGAUUUACUUGCCGCAAAAGAUGUCAUUAAUCUCCGUCUUACAUCAAGAGCUUGGGGUAGCGUAUCUGUCAAUGGUCUUUUCAAUGUUCGUAUUGGAAAUCAAAUCGAACAUGGCGUGUUUUCCAUUCGACCACACCUUGACGAUAUGAAUCGAUUACGAUCCGUUGCCUGCUACCCAUGGCUAGCGAGAGUUAUCAAACAUGUAAAAAUAUAUGUUGGUGAUUUGGAUAUGUUAGAAUUCGACCAUGAAGCUCAGACUGUUAACAAAUAUAGUAAAAUCGAGAGUAUGUUGACUUGUGAAAGGAAGGUCAAUAGCUUGUUGGAACAGAUUGUCCAGAAUAGAAUGAGACAUUGUGAUCCGAUCAUGCUGUCUUAUUCCCUUUCAAAAUUACCUUCGGUCGAAUCCGUUACAGCCACCGCGAAUGAAUGUCCCUUUUCGCCUUCUGAGGUCAAUUUCACGUUAGCAUGGAUGCGACUCAUGCGAAGAUUGAAUCGCGAGCCAGACGCACUUUACGACUCUUACGAUACUACGUUUCCUACAAGAUCUAGUAUCAGACAUCUUAGUAUAUUACUCGCAACACGAUUGUUACAGAAUCCAGUUCGGAAUUUAGUAUUGGACACUUUCCCAAUUGAUCUUUUUGCUAGUCAAGGCUAUCAUAAUGACGAUGACCAAACUGGACCAUCCUAUGAAAUUCACACUAACUUCCUCCAUGAUAUGCAGGAUAUGACAUCGAAAGUCGAAAAUCUCCGAAUUGGUGUCAAUCUUGUUAGCAGUAACGCAACAACUCCCGAGCAUACCAGAGUAAUCGCUAAAUCUAUGAGUAUGUUCAUGGGAUCCAUGCAAUCUCUUCGAUCUUUAGAUGUUACCUUGAACAUGUCCUCUCGAUUUCCGAAUGAUUCAAUGGAAUUAACAAGCCAGGAUGGAUUCUAUUCCAAUACCUUCCCACUUCUCGAGAACCUUCGUGUUUCCAAAGUAAGAUCUUUCGAUAUUCCAUUCUACUCAUUCAUUCUUCGUCACAAAGAGACCUUGAAAUCUUUAUCCCUAGGACAUGAUUUCUUCCUCAUUCCUCAAGAUAAACCUAGAGGAUGCGUCUCUGUCAAAUCUAUUCUUUUCAAAUUGCGUGAUAGUUUAAAGUUGGAAAGAUUCCAAUUAUUGGUCAGUGCCAGUGAUCAACGAAUAUAUGAUCAAGAUUGGCAGAUUGUAGAGUCUUCAGGUGAUACAUUAUCGGAUGCGAAAUUAUUCGAAAUGUUCGUACUGGGAAAAUGGUCGUGGCCGAUGAUAAAUGUAGAUUAUCCGCAUUGGAGGAGAUUGGAUGAGUGGAAAGGAUGGGUCAGAAGAAGUCGAGAUCGAAGAGGGAUAUUAGGGAGGUGA